CGGACUCUCAUUAAGAUAUCAUGUGUUCAUUUGGAAAGUUUCUCUACUGUAAUCAAUCGUGUUUAUUGCAUCCGAAUAUUCCAAAGUUCACUCACUCUCGAAGAAGAGUUCUACCAUCAUGCACCAUAAACCUAUCACCACUACAAAUUAUUAUGUUUAAUUUCUAUACAAGGCAAAUAGUGGAGAAACGUGGGUCAUAUUUAGACAAUAAUUAAACAGACUCAUAAAUGUAUCAGGGACAAUCUUACUGUGUUUGUGAUGUGUCCACAGAUGUACAAAACUGCUCACGCAACACCGGCAGAACGUUCGCUGCUGGAAGAGAACUGAACUCACUCCAGUGCUGUGCUCUAGCGGAGAAUGUGUUCAAAUAGCGCGCUCGUGAUUAUAGGCGUGUAGUGAAACAAAAAAAUAUAUUUUUUUUUGUAAUAGCGUGCUCAUUAUUAUAAACGUGUAAUGUAACAAACAAAAUAUAUUCAGGAAUACUGCUGAUGAGUGUAAAAAUCUACUCUAAGAUGGAAUAUUUGUGUAUGUUAGUGACAGUAUUGUUGCUUACUGGAGGUGCAGUAGGACAUGAAGUAAAGCCCUCAACAGAAGGAAGCCUAGAGGAUGAAUGGAACAACACAGACUCGCGGCACGAUCGUCGUUUCUUUCUUAAACAAAUCUUCAAUAAAUAUGGCGACCACGGUAUCAUAACAUUCGAGGGCUUUGAACAUUUGCUGGAAAACCUUGGACUUGGCAAACUGGAGUUCGAAGAAAACCACACUGUGUCGCUACACAAGGUGAACGGCUCCUUCCUGGAGGUUCAUGACGCUUUGCAACUGCACCGACAUAGCCAUGGAGGCAGUACACGGACAAAACGCAAAGCCGAAGAAUUUGAAGAACUGGUCACAUCUUACUCAGAGCCACUACCCGUAGCGGCGCCUUGGAGCAACAAGUGUCUCUCCACACAAGAUAUUCUGGAAACUUUUGGGCUUGAGCCACACCACAGCCUUGUCAUCUCUCCCAGUGUAUUUCUGAAUCUGUGUCCUGCUAUUGUGUACGAGCUGGACCAACGCUUGUGCCACAAUAAAACUGAGGAGCAACAUUUAACCAGUUCAACAAGACCACAACACUCAGCUUGGCUGUACGCAACACUCAGUGUGCUGACCAUCAGUCUCAUUGGCCUUCUCGGAGUGGCUAUGGUCCCACUGGUGCAGAAAACCUGCUAUCAACAGUUACUCCAUUUCCUCGUAGCGCUGGCUGUUGGCUGUAUGUCCGGAGAUGCCUUGCUGCACUUGCUGCCUCAUGCUCUGACGUCACGCGCUGCUGGGAACAGCCACGACCACAUCACACCAGUACUGCGGGCAAUGGUCACCUUCAUCGCAAUUGUUCUCUUUUUCCUGCUGGAAGCUCUUCUCCAUUACAUGAACUCCAAGUCCACACAGAAUCAAAAAGUUGACCUUGGAGCACAGUCCGACCCAAAGGAACAGACCCAUCUGAAUGAAAACGAAGAUGACUGCACUUCCAUGGAAGAUGACAUAUGCUCCUCUCAUCUGUCAACAUCGCACACUGAAGAAUCAGUCUCGGUUGUUCGUAACGUGAUUCAUGGUGACAGAAGAAUGAGAAUUCGUGAAGUUGCAGCACAAGUUGGCCUCUACUAUGGCACAUGCCAUACGCUUUUAACUCAAGAUUCUGAGGCUGUAACAAAAUUAGAUACAGAGAGAGUGCCAAUAAAUCAGCAACACAGCCAUCAUCAUGGGAAGCAUCAUCACAAAGAUGCAGCUGGUUCUGUCGCGUGGAUGGUUAUCAUGGGCGAUGGCUUGCAUAACCUCACCGAUGGCUUGGCAAUUGGUGCUGCAUUCAGUGGAGAUACUGUCGCAGGCUUUGCAACAGCACUUGCUGUAUUAUGUCAUGAACUGCCUCAUGAAUUAGGUGACUUUGCAGUCCUGUUACAAACAGGAAUGAGGAUACACAAGGCUGUCGCCUACAAUAUCUUCUCUUCAGUACUAAGUUUCUUCGGGAUGGCCAUUGGUGUGUGGAUUGGCAAACAUGAAUCAGCAUCGCUGUGGAUAUAUGCUUUUACAGCAGGAACAUUUCUAUACAUCAGUCUUGUAGACUUGAUUCCAGAAAUGAAUACCAACUCAGAGAAGUCUCAAGGGUUUCUAGAUGUAAUACUGCAGCUGGCUGGAAUUAUCACUGGAGCCAGUCUCAUGCUCAUCAUUGCACUUUACGAAGAUGAUUUAAGUUACCUGUUUGGUUAAACUUUGACCCAGCUACAAGAAACUUGUCACUCACGAAAGGUUUGCAAAACCAGGGGUAGAGGAUCUUACUAGGUUAUGUAGGCUAAACUUCUGAAAGAAUCACAGCUCAUUUCAAUCCACUGUACUACUGCUCAUUCUCACACAAAUGUAUUGCAUUUCCAGUAUUAUGAAGGUGGGUCUUCUGGAAUGUGACACCAUGUACUGUGGUAUAUGGAUACCAAUGCUGCAGAGGAACGUGCUGUCUCCAGCUUCAUGAUAAAGGGAAAUGAACACCAGCACACAUGCCCUACACCCUAUUUAAAACAGAGCCAACUACACUGAAACAUUCAAAACAGCUACACACAGCACCAAAGCAUAUAACCAGCACAUUUUAGAAACAUUUUACAUCAACAUGAAAAGCAGAACAGGGUGACAACAGAGCAGCAGGUUCCUUUAAUCCAACAUCUCAUACACCUGAUGGUGGCCAGUUAGACCAAAACAUGUAGUGUUGUACAUGAAGAGAUGAAGACAUGGAAGUGUGAAUAUUAGUACAUCGACAAAUUUGCAUAGAGACAGCAAAGAGUGAGAGCACGAAGUCAAGAUCAAUGGAUUCUGAAGAUGGAGACAGUUUCCUCCUAAACAUUGGUAUUAUAGUGGCUAUCUGCCAUUUGUUGUGAACUGUGUAUUCAAACUACAACCACUUGGUGGCACUUGUACUGAGUGGUCUCUGAGGACAAUCAUUCAUUAUAUGGUCUGCAGGGAAGGAACUGCAUUCCCUUCCUGAUGUCUGUUCCCCAAGGAAAACCAUGCAAACCUCAUUACUUCUGGGAGUUACUGGUCCAUGCCCCUUGAGAUCAACUCAAUUACCACAGCCCUGACUAAUCCAGUUCCUGAAGUACUGGCUAUCCCCAUCACACGCUUAUCCUCUCUUAUUCCCCUUGCGUUCAUAAAAGCUUCAGCGACUGCUGCUCUCCUUCCUGCAGGACCAGACCUGUUUAGUGAAUGUUCUUAUAACUACAGCUUGACCAACCUCAUAGGACAAACUAAAGCUUGUUCAAGGAAAGGACUUGUCAAUAAGCAAAUAUCAUGUUCUCAGGCUUUCUAUAUGAUAAACCAAAGGAAAGGAAAUGUGGUUCUUUAUAUUUAUUGCUAUACACUCAUAAACAUUAAUUUACAUGCAAUAAUAAUAAUAUAAACUGUUGAGUGUGAAUAUAAAGUAGUAAACUUUUUAAAUUUCCUUUACAUGUUUCGGUCUAUUUGACCAUCAUCAGUGCCUCAAUAUGUUCUGUCUAACAAACACCUAGACCCAGAAAUACAGAGCCCUUAACAAAUAACAAGAGAACACACAACAUCAACCAGGAGGGCAUAAAUAUAACACCUGUUCAAUACAAGAUUCCAUGGAUGCAACCACUGAUUUGAGAUUUUAACAUCUCCAGACAUUAAAUGUAAUCAAAUAAUUGUAAAAGUAUUUUAAGAUCCAAAUAAAAAUUAAUUUUAAUGUAUACGAAGGUACAACACAAACUGUAAACAUGUAUCAACAUAAAUGUAAUAGUAACGCCUGAUCAUGUUGACUUGUUCCUCUGAUGACAGUCAAAUAGACCGAAACAUGUAAAGGAAAUUAAAAAAGUUUACAUCUUAUAUUCACAUUCGACAGUUUAUAUUACAAAGUGAAUACUAGUGUGACGGGCCAGAAUGAAUAAAGUUAAAAAGAGCAUAAUAAUUCGUUACUUUCUUCUUUGUGAUGAUAAUGUUUCUGAACUGUGAAUAACUAAAACUUCUUCCAAACCUUUGUGUAAUCUCAUUAAUUACUCACAAAAUUUAUUUAAGAUUCUAAAAGGUUUUUAUACUUUAUGACUUCUGUUAUUCCAAAAUCAGUGAUUACCACAAAGUAACCUGGUUAAUAUCAAGAUGAUGAAGACUGAUGUGGGCUUUCUGCUCUCCACCAUGGUGUUACCUAGUUUUUGCUACAUGACUAUACAUCAGUCUUGUUCAGUUCCAAACUUUGGGACAAAAGGUGGACCAGAAGAGAGGUGAGCAUGUGUAUGUAAAGAUCAUCCAUCUAUAUACUGUUAAACUGCUGACUUCGCUGUUCAUGGCCCAGACUGAAAAUGGUUCCUACUGUGUUAUAAACUGAGCAAUAAACUAAUCAUAAAUCAAAUCUUUAAAAAUCUGUGAAUUUUUAUAACUAAAAUGUGGAAGUAUUAAAUUUUUAAAGUACAAUUUGUUCAGAAACUUUACUCAUCACAGUAACUAUCCACUGAAAUUCAUGGCAUCACAUCCCAGCAUUGUACUACCCUCUGCUGUGAUAAUCUCAUACAUCAUAUGUUUCUAGCUUAAAUAACUACACACAACACUGAUGAGCUAGAUUAACUUCAGUCACAAAAUUCUGUACAUCAAUUUCAGGUUACAGGUUAUGAAUGUCAGUCUCAGGCCUUUCUACAUAAAAAUAAAACACAAUACAUAUGAAUAUAGAUUACCACGUAUAAUGUUCUUUUAAUUAUGAUCAGGAGACAGACCCAUCCAUGUAUGACAUACAUAUUUCUAUCUGCCAUUCCUGUGAGAAAACUGGCGAUACAAUGGACAUUUUACAUCUGAAUAUACACGCACAUUCUAUAAGCAGACUGGAACAAUUUCA